AUGUUGGAGAUGAGGAUGGUGAAGAAAACAGAAAAAGUGGACCAAGUUGUAAAGAGGCUUUUACAGCAUUGUCCUGAAUCUUGGGACUGUGAUGAGAGCUGCACUGACCUCAUUAAGGAAGACCCUUUAUAUGACAUUUUCAAAGUUGAUCAAGAGAUUCGGCAGUCGAUUACAGAUGAAAGUACCAGAGAAACAGCAAGUGGAGGUUUCCCACCAAGAAAGGUUCACCACACUGUACCACCUGCUGAUAAUGUUAUCAGUAAAAACAAAUCCCCUGCAACUGAUCAUGUGGGGUUGGACUCCAUCUCUGACAACAAAGAUGGUGGCAAUCAGAAUGGCUAUAUGGCACCGAAAAGUGUUACCAAAACUGAAGAAAGCGGCAAGGUUUACGUUUCUACCCAUAAAGGUUUCUUGAACUGUGAGUUGAAGAUGGAGUUUGAUUCUGAUCUUAUCAAAGAAGACCCUCUUUAUGACCUUGCAGAGGUUGAAAGAGAGGCCUUGAAUUCCUUUUCUGAUGAUGCUGGUGGAACUAUGAUUUUCCCACUCUGGAAGUCUCUAAAAGAUUCUCCAUCUCCUGUUGACGAUAAAGAUAUAAUGGUUUUGGAGGUGGGGAGUGAUGAUGAGCCCACCUCUGAUUCUCAGGAUGUGGAUGUGGAUGGCACAGAAAGUCCAGAGCCUGAGGAGAAGCCUGAGGAACGACGUCAUUUCCUCCGGGAAAGGAAAGCUGUGUCCUACAGAUUUGAAGAGGAGGAUGAGGAGGAAGAUUUAUUUGAAGAGGGAGAUGAUGAUCUUGAUAAAAACUGGUCUGCAAAUGAAGAUGACGAUGAUGAUGAUGAUGAGCCACUAAUAGAGACUGUGCGACCCAAGAGGAAGCCACGUACUAGGAAUAUUGUAAAGAAUGCAGAACCAAAUGAUGUUACAGAGCCAAAAGAUGUCACAGAGCCAAAAGAUGUCACAGAGCCAAAAGAUGUCACAGAGCCGAAAGAUGUCACAGAGCCAAAAGAUGUCACAGAGCCAAAAGAUGUCACAGAGCCAAAAGAUGUUACAGAGCAAAAAGAUGUUGCAGAGUAAAGAAAAUUUUCUUUUGACAUCAGAGGAAAAAACUAGCAAGGACAUUUCAGUGUCUUGAAAUGCCGCUUAAAGAAGUAGCAAAGUUGGCUUACUGUGGAAAAUCUAAAGUAUGUAGAAAUUUGCUGGCACACUGAAUCGAGUGGUAACCCAUUCAGUUGUGAGAAAUGGAACAGUGUUAUAGAAAACUACCUCAGAUUUAUUUUUCUUUUCAUGUUUUUAAUAAACAAAACUUAACUGAUCAUAUACAGUGCUGUUUUUGUCCUAAGUAUGGAGCCCUUGCAUAUUCAUACAGACUGAUUGGACAAGGAUCCAGUGCCCAGAGUUUGACUUGACGCAAUGUCUCUUUACUGGAUGAUUAGAGAAGAUGCCACAUUAGCAGUUCAUAAUACACAAGUUAUCUGAUUUAUAUUUGGAACCAGAAAAAACUUUUUUGCUGUGACACUAGUUGAAGGGCAGCUUAUUUGGCACAGUGACUGGUGAUACCAAGCCCAUCAUGGAGAGACUGCAUGGUGUUUAAAAGAAAAUAUUCAUUGGACUUAAGAAGAACAAAACUGGUGCAAGUGUGUCAGGUUUGCAGCCAUACAGUUUCCUAGUUUCUCAGAAAUGGAAAAUAAAUCACACUGAAAAUGGUUGCUAUGCAGAAAAUAUGUUUAAAAAACAAAAUGUACCAGAACAGCUAAGACUUGGUCACAGUGUGGAUAACUUUGUUGUAGAUAACUUUUCAGUUUUUGAUGUUGGAUGACCUCCUGAGGCAGAGGUUUUCAUUUUUGGUUUAUUUAUGUCUUUUGACUGAUGGGAGCGAAUGAUAUUGGUCAUUUGAUGUCUCAUCUGUUGUCCAUUCACAAGUGAGGUGUGCAUGUGUCUGUCUGUCUGGCAUAGCUGAUAUAAUCCAGAACCAACUGUACUUUGUUUAGCUAUGUGUUCCAGACUGGCAUAUAUUUGUGUGUUUGUGCUUACAUUGUUAUGUUGGCAAGGUCUUUGCCAGGAUUGUACCAAAAGGUACAUUGAGCUGUGUCAUUGAUCAGCAUUUCCUAUGGUUACAGUCUGGCCCAUUGACACACAUUUAAAGUGCCAGUCUGUGACACUGGCAACUCUGGCUGAAGUGUUUGCCUAUGUGCCACUAGUCCAACCAAGUUGAGGGUUGAAUUGGGCAAGCUUGGGUUAGUUCACCUGCCUUUUGGUAAUGGUAGCAGUAGGUGAGAGUUUCUCUAGUUUCUGCUACAGUACUUGAUGUGAGGGCCAGAGGGUCCUGUAGCAACAGUGUCAAAACCAAAAGAAAAAGGGGGCAUUGCAGUGAGCAAUACCCUUAGUUGGUAAGCAUCCAGCCUACUUGGAUGGAAUAUAGAGAAAGACUGAGGAAAUACCUCUGGACAUUCACUGUAGUGGCAUCAUUUCUCACCACCCAUAUCCGUGACCAUCCGGCAAAGCUGCAGUUUUGGUUUUUGUCAUGCAGCUCAGUGUCUUUAGAGUCUCAGAGCAGCCCAGAGUACAGUCUAAAGGCAAUAACAAAAAAGUAAAAAAAAUAAAAGUGCCAAGUUUUUCAGUAGUGGAUUUAGUUUUAAGUGAGGGUGCUGGUAAUAGUAGCCUUAUCACUGCUUGAAUUUUCUUGGAAAGGCCAGUAAAUUUAAUAUUAAAAAAAAGAAAAGAACAUGCAGGCCAGAAAUGUGUAACUUUGAUAUUAGAUUUUGAUAAGAUCACUGAAAUUGUUAAAAUUAAUUUUACUUUGCUGAAAUUUAUGAAUAAGCAUAAUAGAAAAUGAACGGUGUAUUUUUUUUAUUUUUGUAUUUAUAUAUUUAAGUUUGUUUACUGGGGGUUAGUACACUGAUCACAACAGACUGUUUGCAGACACAGCCAGUCUGGUUUCCUUCCUUCACAGGGCAGAAUCUUAUGGAAGGUAAAGUGAUGUGGUUUGAUAGUUUUGGGAGAUGUUUCUGAAGGGGAGGGAUUAGGGUAGCCCCUUCUUUGGAUGUGAAAAUUUCUGUGCUAGGAAUUUAAUGGUAGAACUCUGUAAGUGGGAAUCAGUCUGAGGAGAGUUAGUCUUACGAUGACUUGAUAUCUCUGCUUUUCUUGAGCACCCCUACCUUUUUAAAAUAAUAUUUUAAGCUUUAAAAGGGACUGCCUUUCAAUACCUUGUUAUAACAUCAAAUAGUUUUACUGGUUUGCAGCUAUGUUUUUUGUAAUGGCAAGUAUAACCACCUGAAGGGAGGGGCAAACAAGUAAAAAAAAAAACAAAAAAGUAUUAAGUGUGUAGAACUCUGUUUUAAUUUUAUGUGAAAUCUGCCUAAAUGCAGGAAGGCAGUAGUUAAUGAAUAUGCCUCUGUUAUUUUACGACUGAUUUGCAAUCUAUGUACGAAGUCAAAUCCUGAUUAUUUCAAGUGUAUGAGUUGCUAAGAGAGAUUCUGCUUACCCAAAAUAAUUUUUGGUUUCUAGGUGAGGGUAAAGGACUUUUCUGUGGUCUGUGAGAGACUGUUUGUGAUAGCCUUAGAACCUUUGAUAUGGAAAUAUGAUAUACCUAUGUCCAAUUUUAUGGCUGGUUCAAGGCUGUUAUUUCUCACCAGUGAGCAAUUAAACUUGAAUGAAUAUAGUAAUGAAUUAUGCUUGCUAAAAUAAAACAUUUGAUAGGAAAACCUGUAAAA